CAUUAGACCGUUAUAUAUAACCUCUAGCCAAGCUCAACGUCUAAUUUUAGAAGCUUUCCUUCUUCCUUGUAAAUCUCGGAGAAAUUAACGUUUCACCUAUAUUUCAUUUCUCUCUUCCUCUCUCCGCCGUCGUCUCCGGCCAUAAACGCCACCAACAUCAACGUCAUAUUACUUAUCUUGAUUGGUUCUCAUGGCUGAUAUCGUGAAACAGAUUUUAGUGAGACCUAUUCAAUUAGCGGAUCAGAUAACCAAAGCAGCCGACGAGGCUUACUCCUUCCGACAAGAAUGUCUAGAGGUCAAAGCCAAGACCGAAAAGCUAGCCGGUCUCCUCCGUCAAGCGGCGCGUGCAAGCAACGACCUCUACGAACGUCCCACGCGCCGCAUCAUCGACGACACGGAGCAAGUCCUCUUCAAAGCCAUAGCCCUCGUCGAGAAAUGCCGCGCCACGGGGCUGAUGAAACGCCUCUUCACCAUCAUCCCCGCCGCCGCGUUUAGAAAGAUCACGAUGCAGUUAGAGAAUUCGCUCGGAGACGUAUCUUGGCUCCUCCGUGUCUCCGCCUCGGGGGACGACCGUGACGACGAGUACUUAGGUGGUCUCCCUCCUAUCGCUGCAAACGAACCUAUCCUCUGUUUGAUAUGGGAGCAAGUCGCUAUCCUCUUCACAGGCUCCCUCGACGACCGUUCCGACGCGGCGGCUUCCCUCGUGUCGCUCGCACGUGACAAUGAUCGAUACGGGAGGUUGAUUAUUGAAGAAGGUGGGGUGCCUCCGUUGUUGAAACUCGCUAAAGAAGGGAAACUUGAAGGGCAAGAAAACGCGGCUCGGGCCAUUGGUUUAUUAGGGCGAGACCCUGAGAGCGUCGAGCAGAUCGUUAACUCAGGUGUGUGUCAAGUCUUUGCGAAGAUUCUCAAAGAAGGUCAUAUGAAGGUUCAGACCGUUGUUGCAUGGGCUGUGUCGGAACUAGCAUCUAAUCAUCCCAAAUGUCAAGACCAUUUCGCUCAGAACAACAUCAUACGCUUCCUCGUGAGCCAUCUCGCUUUCGAGACGGUUCAGGAGCAUAGCAAAUACGCUAUCGUGAGUAACAAGCAAAGUUUGUCUUCGAUCCACACGGUUGUGAUGGCUAGCAACACGAACCCGAGUGAUAAGAACCACGACCAGGAUGAGACAAACAGCAAUAUUUCACAUCCUAUGAGUAACCAAACACCGAGCCAGAUGCACAGUUUGGUUGCAAACACGUUUGCAAUAAAGGGUUCUGGUUCAGGUUCGGGUUCGGGUACUAAUAAGAAUCAGACGAAACAAAGUAAUCAACAACACCAGCAUCAUACAAAAGGUGGUCCAGCUCCUAGAGGGAACAAUCCAACACAUGUUUCUUUGAUGGGGACAAGCAUUAAAGGAAGAGAGUAUGAGGAUCCAGAAACUAAAGCUCAGAUGAAAGCAAUGGCCGCAAGAGCAUUAUGGCAACUCUCAAGAGGGAAUCUCCAAAUAUGUAGAAGCAUAACAGAGUCAAGAGCGUUACUCUGUUUCGCGGUUCUGUUAGAGAAAGGAGACGAUGAAGUCAAGUCAUAUUCUGCAUUAGCAAUGAUGGAGAUCACUGAUGUUGCUGAGCAAUAUUCGGAGCUAAGACGCUCAGCCUUCAAACCAACCUCUCCUGCUGCUAAAGCUGUGGUUGAACAGCUACUAAAAGUGAUCGAAAACGAAGUACCGGACCUUCUAAUCCCGUGUGUCAAAUCGAUAGGUAGUCUCUCAAGAACGUUCCGUGCAACGGAGACAAGAAUCAUUGCACCACUUGUGAAGCUUCUUGAUGAAAGAGAAGCUGAGGUUGCAAUGGAAGCAGCCGUGGCGCUUAUCAAGUUCGCAUGUACUGAGAAUUUCUUGCGCGAUAACCACUCUAAGGCCAUCAUAGCAGCAGGAGGUGCAAAGCAUUUGAUUCAGCUGGUGUACUUUGGAGAACAGAUGGUUCAAGCCCCGGCUUUGGUACUACUAUGUUACAUCGCAUUGAAUGUACCUGACAGUGAGACUCUAGCGCAAGAAGAGGUUCUUGUUGUGCUUGAAUGGUCGACAAAGCAAUCUCAUUUGGUUGAAGCACCGACGAUUGAUGAGAUUUUGCCAGAAGCAAAGAGUAGAUUGGAGCUUUAUCAAUCUAGAGGGUCAAGAGGAUUUCAUUGAUGAGCUUCACUCUCUAGUAUGAACAUUCUCUUUUUGUUUUCUUCUUUGAUGUGUUCUAUUCGUCUUCUCCAAUGUUUGAUGAUACUCGUUGUAUAUACAUUGGUGAUGCUCAUAGACAUUGUUUUAAGUGUAUAGAAUGUGUUGUAAGUCAAAACUAUAUAUUUAUUUUAGGUUAUUAUAUAUAGGAUAGUCUCAUGUGUUAUGUGGAUUUCAAUUUUAUCAGGCUAAUUUCAUAGUAUUUUGUUUGU